AAAGGUUGCAGCCAGGUCUACAAGUACCCUACCCCACGCGCUCACACCUGGAGUAGACACCCCUAUAAAGAUUUUACAAUAUUUACAAUAAAAGAAAGGGGGAAAAUACAAGCCCUCAAGUUAGUAAGGACUCAGACCCAAUUACCUCCUCAGCUUUCUAAACUUUGUUUUGAUCUCCUGCCUGGAGAAGUGAGUCUUGCCAUAGCCUUUGCUUGCGCCAGGCUACGAGUACGCACCCCUCCUUCUUCCCCCUCCAAGCUACACCUCCCUCUCCCACUCCCUUCCCCAACCCCUCCUCACUCCAAGCAGCGCUACCGAAGAUGGGGAUCCCAAUUCCAGAGUUGGGGGCGGAGGGGUGCGUACAUCCGGGAAGAGCCACAGCGACUGGCUGUGUUUCCUGGGGCUGUCCUGGGCUGGGUCCACACACAACAGUUUCCCUUGGCGAAACCUCUCCUCUCCUCCCAGCCUCCGAGCUCUGCCACUUGUGCGCUGCCACCGCGCACUCGCAGCUCCCUAGCGACAAGAAGGGGAACGAGCACAGCGGGUGGAGCGAGGAGGGGUGCGCGAGUGGGAGGCACCUCCCUCGGGAGGCUGGGAAAUCCCGACCGUCACCAGGGGCCGUGCCACCGCCCUCGCGGGACCGAGGCUUCCAGCGUGUUCCCAACUUUGUGGCGCCCUCAGGCAGUGGCGGCGGGAAUGGAGCUGCCUCAUAGCGGCCGGACGCCGCUGGGCUCACCGCUGGACAGCUGCUCCCUGGCCUCUCUCGACUCCAGCGUCUUCUGCAGCGAGGGUGAAGGGGAGCCCUUAGCGCUUGGGGACUGCUUCACGGUCAACGUAGGCGGCAGCCGCUUCGUACUCUCGCAACAGGCGCUGUCUUGCUUCCCGCAUACGCGCCUUGGCAAGCUGGCGGUGGUGGUGGCCUCCUACCGCCGUUUGGGAGCCCUGGCUGCAGCGCCCAGCCCCCUAGAGCUCUGCGACGACGCCAACCCCGUAGACAACGAGUACUUCUUCGACCGCAGCUCGCAGGCGUUCCGCUAUGUCCUGCACUACUAUCGCACCGGCAGACUGCACGUCAUGGAGCAGCUGUGCGCCCUGUCCUUCCUUCAGGAGAUCCAGUACUGGGGCAUCGACGAGCUCAGCAUCGACUCCUGCUGCAGGGACAGAUACUUCAGAAGAAAGGAGCUGAGUGAAACUCUAGACUUUAAGAAGGACACAGAUGAUCAGGAAAGCCAACAUGAAAGUGAACAGGACUUCUCACAAGGACCUUGUCCCACUGUCCGCCAGAAGCUCUGGAAUAUCUUGGAGAAACCUGGGUCUUCUACAGCUGCCCGAAUCUUUGGGGUCAUCUCUAUCAUCUUUGUGGCGGUGUCCAUCGUCAAUAUGGCCCUGAUGUCAGCUGAAUUAAGUUGGCUGAACCUGCAGCUGCUGGAGAUCUUGGAGUAUGUGUGCAUUAGCUGGUUCACCGGGGAGUUUGUCCUGCGCUUCUUGUGUGUGCGGGACAGGUGCCGCUUCCUGAGAAAGGUGCCAAACAUCAUUGACCUCCUUGCCAUUUUGCCCUUCUACAUCACUCUCUUGGUAGAAAGCCUGAGCGGCAGCCAGACCACACAAGAGCUGGAAAAUGUGGGACGCAUCGUCCAGGUUUUGAGGCUGCUCAGGGCUCUACGAAUGCUAAAACUGGGCAGGCACUCCACAGGAUUGCGCUCACUUGGGAUGACAAUCACCCAAUGCUAUGAAGAGGUCGGCCUACUGCUCUUAUUUUUAUCUGUGGGAAUUUCUAUAUUUUCAACCAUAGAAUAUUUUGCGGAGCAAAGCAUUCCUGACACAACCUUCACAAGCGUUCCUUGUGCAUGGUGGUGGGCUACAACAUCCAUGACUACCGUGGGCUAUGGGGACAUUAGACCAGACACUACCACGGGCAAAAUUGUGGCCUUCAUGUGUAUAUUAUCAGGAAUCCUUGUCUUGGCCUUGCCUAUUGCUAUUAUUAAUGAUCGCUUCUCUGCUUGCUACUUCACCUUGAAACUCAAGGAAGCAGCUGUUAGACAGCGUGAAGCUCUGAAGAAGCUUACCAAGAAUAUAGCCACUGACUCAUAUAUCAGCGUUAACUUGAGAGAUGUCUAUGCCCGGAGUAUAAUGGAGAUGCUUCGAUUAAAAGGCAGAGAAAGAGCAAGUACGAGGAGCAGCGGGGGAGAUGAUUUCUGGUUUUAAAUUGACUUCUAAUUUAUCUAUAAAAGUUGUGUACAAUUAAUCAGAUUGAUAAAGCCUUGACAUGGAUCUCUGUAUUACUGAUGAAGAAUCUCUUCAACACUAUACAUCUUAAAUUUUGCUGAUAUCUUACCUGGUCUCCUAGAAUAUUUCACAUAACCCAUAUCAAUUACACAUUUUUUGACACAGUUGAAUCUCAAAAAGAGCUGAUUAACAACAAAGUAAAAUUGAGACAAUAUACACAUGUCUGAAUUGUCAAAAUAUGAAAUAAUAUUAUUGUGAUACAUAUAAUAAAGUUAAGUUUUACACAUCACCAAUUUUAGAAGUUUUUGCUCCUCUAUUUUUUUUUUAAUGGCAGUUAAACUACAUAGACCAGAGAAAAGAUAACUGAACAUUUAAGAACACACUGAACAUCUUUGCUAUUUAAAGACAUUCUCCAAGCAAAUUACUCUUUUCUCCAUCAGUUAAAACAGUUGUGUAACAAUUAGCUUUGCAAGAGAAAAAUCUGACUUAGUGGUCAUAGAUGGUGUCCCUAUCUACCAUGUGGUACAAACCACUAGUCACAAAUGGAUCAAGCUCUGCCUCCCAUUAUUAAUCUUGCAGGUGGGAGAACUAGACUGCUAAGUACUGUAGAAGAUGAGUCUGCACAGACUUUGAGAACUGCACAUUUUCAUUCUCCCAGCUGAGUGUAAUAUGCUAAGCAUAAAGUAGCGUAUUUCUUAGUUCUUUAUGAAAAUCAGAUGGUUUUUAAAAUGUCUCAUUAUGGAUAUAUUAUGUCUUCAACAUCAUGAAUAUGUAAAAGUGAAGUAGUGACAUCCUAAAUUUAUAUGCUGAAAUUAUUAAAUGGUCUUAUUUUAUAAAAUGAGAAUAUGUUGAAUGACAUCAUUGGAUGAACUUGAAGAUCUUUUAUUUGUUAACAAAAAAAAUAUUAUGGACAGCUUUCUGACUGUGGGGUAAAUAGCAAAUGUUCAAACUUUGCAGGCAUUCUGACAGCAUUUUGACAUUCAUGAUAAUAAUAAAAUUCCUAGACAUUCUGUUACAUAAUUAAAGCCAAAAACUCUUAAGAACCAGCUCAUGAUUCCAAAUAUUCUAGUAAAUGAGAUUUUUAAAAAUAAUAAUAACAGCAAGGAAUGAAUAACUUUAAUGUCUGCUUUCUCAGUGUAUGUAAUAAAGACCCUACAGGGAAGAAAAUUGGUUCCUGGGUAGGGGAAGUCUUCUACUUUUUAUGCAUAAAGCUCAAAUAUACACAUAGUACAUAAACAUACAUACAGAAUACCUGCAAUACUAAAAUUUCAUAGGGAGGAAAAUUAGAAAAAUGCCCAGAAACUUCAUUGCUGGUAGUGAAUGGUGAGAAAUAAAUAUAGAAAAACAUUGCUUUAGUACCUGCCCUAAUAUGCUUCGUUAACUGAAUGUUAAGACAGCCUACUAUCCUAUAAACUACCAAGAAAGAAAGAAGGGUGCCAAAUUACAAGAUGCCAUUGAUGGUAAAAGAAAUCCAUAUUUUUGGAUCUGUAAAAAUUUAUUAUAUCUUAAAAGCAAUGAAAUAUCACAUGCACUACCUCCUGAUUUCAGGUAUGCAUGCUUAAGCUCUGAAAAAAAAAUUUCAUUGAUGGCAUGAGUUUUUAUUAUAUACUGAAGUGGUUUAAUUCAUUUGACUAUUUUGCACUUCUAAAUAUUAUAAUAUCUUUAGGAGAUAUGAGUAUGAAUAAAUAUUUUUCCUCUUACCCACAGACAUGGGUGCUAGAGCAUGGCAUAGGGCCACUAGUCCUCCUGUACAUUCCAUCCAUAGUCUAAAAGGUCAAUAGAGGUCAGAUGGAGAAGACAAACUUACUCUGGCUUCUCUAGAACCUUCCCAAUAAGAUUAUUCAGGACUAUGUCUGUAUUCAUCAUGUAUUAAGUCACUUUAUCUUCAAAAUGUCCCAGUUAUGUAAUUGCUAUUCUUAUACUCUUCUAAAUAUAUAUUUUAUAUAUUUAUUAAUUCAACAAAUAUUUAUUAAGGAUCCUCUGAGUGUUGGGCACUAGAGAGUCUUUGUUAAACAAAGUCCUGUUCUCCUGUAUAUAAUAUUUUAUUCAAAGAUAUAAGAGGAAGAGAGAUGACAAAAUUGAAAUAAUAAAAAAUUUAAAUUUGCUGAGCAUAAAUCUACCUGACUCAGAAAAUGAUACUCUUAGAGUCUUAUUAUAGAUUUUAUUCUACCUACACAACUCAUGCAUAGGGAUUCAUUUUAUAGGUAGGAAAACCAACUUUUUGUGAAUGGAGAGCCUUAUGAAAAAUAUCAGUUUAUUCUCAGAGGGAAAAAGGUGCUUUUUUAAAAAAAAAAAAAAGUUGUGGUGACAGCUUAGUUAUUACUGGACAAGAAAAAUGUUGUCUUUGAAAUACAUAACAGUUGGAAAAUUUUAAAUUAUAUUUACAUAUAUAUUUUCCCCAUCACAGAGUAUCCUAAAUAUGUUCUAUAAAAUGUGGUUUGUUAGCUGUAAAAAUUUUGUCAAGGCAUAGACACUUCAAAACAGUUUUAAAAUAUCAUUGCUAAGUCAAUUUUUCUGUUAUACAAAACAUCAGUGUAUUUAUUCAAUAAAUGUACAUAUAAGCAAGUGAAAUUUAAUUGAAGUAACAAAUCAAUGAAGAAACUGUGAAUUUUA